GCAAUGUCAGGUCAGGGCAGGUCAGUUCAGUGUACUAUCUUUGGCAGCGCCGGACUGAAACCCUACUGGCCGCGAAGAAGCAUAUUUGAGUAAACUCCAAUCGAGACUCUCGUCGGAUUUCCAUUCUGAAUAUGUAAAUGCUCCCCGGAUAAAUUCUCUACUCCUCGCAUAAUUUUCGGUUGCCUCUUCGCCGUUCGGCGUUCCGUCCACUCAUUUUCUGCGAAUCCGUUCUGCUAGGAAGAGUUGGUCUCUUUGAUUUGGUUGAACUAAUGGGAAUUUGUUCUGCUAAUGGUUCUGAAUUCCGCUGAACUCUGCUGAAGUAAUGAGGAUUUGUCGUCUUAUGUGGUGGAAAAGAGGAGUGGCGUACUGAAAUUGGGAAUUUGUGAUAGAGAUUUCCGAAGAGCGGUGCAUCAUGUCGGUGCCGAUGGAGCCCGAGGAGGUAAUUAUGCAAAGAAACGGAUCCGUACUGGGCAAGAAAACCAUUCUGAAGAGUGAUCAUUUUCCUGGUUGCCAGAACAAACGCUUAUCGCCGCAGAUCGAUGGUGCUCCCAAUUACCGUCAGCAAAUCAAAUUUGCUGAGCAAGAAUCUUGUCGAAAGGCCGGAAGUUUGCUUAGUUGUCAACAAAACUAUCAUUGGCGAAGUUAUAAGGCUGAUUCAUUGCAUGUUCAUGGUGUUGCAAUUCCCACCAUUGAUGGGAUCCGGAAUGUUCUUAAUUUCAUUGGUGCUCAAAUGGAUGGGAAGCAAGCUCAGGUCCUUUGGAUAAACCUUCGCGAGGAGCCGGUGGUGUAUAUAAAUGGACGUCCGUUUGUUUUGCGUGAUGUGGAGAGGCCCUUCUCUAAUCUGCAAUAUACGGGUAUCAACAGGGAUAGGCUUGAACAAAUGGAAGCUAGAUUGAAAGAAGAUAUCCUGGUAGAAGCUGCGAGAUAUGGGAAUAAGAUCCUUGUAACUGAUGAACUACCAGAUGGUCAGAUGGUGGAUCAGUGGGAACCAGUAACAUCUGAUUCUGUCCAAACACCACUUGAGGUGUAUGAAAAACUGCAAGCAGAAGGUUACCUUGUUGAUUAUGAACGUGUUCCUGUAACAGAUGAGAAAUCACCAGAGGAGCAGGACUUUGAUAUUUUGGUUAAUAAAAUUUCUCAAGCUGACAUCAAUGCUGAGGUAGUUUUUAAUUGCCAAAUGGGCCGUGGAAGAACUACUACUGGAAUGGUGAUUGCUACAUUGGUUUAUCUUAAUAGAAUUGGGGCAUCAGGUAUCCCAAGGACCAACUCAAUAGGGAGAAUAUCUAACUCUAUUUCCAGCAUCACUGAUAAUUUGCCAAAUUCAGAGGAGGCAAUUCGUAGGGGAGAAUAUUCAGUCAUUAGAAGCUUGACUCGUGUUUUAGAGGGCGGUGUUGAAGGAAAAAGGCAAGUGGAUAAAGUCAUUGAUAAAUGUGCCUCCAUGCAGAACUUACGGGAAGCCAUUGCAACUUAUCGCAAUAGUAUUUUACAUCAACCAGAUGAGAUGAAAAAGGAAGCAUCACUUUGCUCUUUUGUGGAUUACUUGGAGAGAUAUUACUACCUUAUAUGUUUCGCUGUGUACCUUCAUACGGGGAGAGCAGCACUCCAUCCUGGACACCUCAAUAAAAGCAGUUUUGCUGAAUGGAUGGAUGCAAGACCUGAGCUGUAUAGCAUACUUCGCAGGUUGCUUCGGAGAGAUCCAAUGGGCGCACUCGGUUAUAUUAAUGCAAAAAAAUCACUAGUGGAAAUUGUUGAAUCUACUGAUGGGCGUCCUUGUGAAAUGAGUGUGGUUGCUGCGUUGAGAAAUGGGGAGGUUCUUGGAAGUCAAACUAUUCUAAAGAGUGACCACUGUCCUGGCUGUCAAAACCUUAGUUUACCAGAAAGAGUGGAGGGUGCCCCUAAUUUUAGAGAAAUUCCUGGGUUUCCAGUUUAUGGUGUUGCAAAUCCAACAAUUGAUGGAAUUAGAUCUGUCAUUCACAGGAUAGGUAGCUCCAAAGGUGGCCGACCAAUUUUUUGGCACAACAUGCGAGAAGAACCUGUUAUCUACAUUAAUGGAAAACCAUUUGUGCUUCGUGAAGUUGAAAGGCCAUACAAGAACAUGCUUGAAUACACGGGCAUUGAUCGUGUACGAGUACAGAGGAUGGAAGCUCGACUGAAGGAAGAUAUUCUGCGAGAAGCUGAACGCUACAGGGGUGCUAUAAUGGUUAUACAUGAAACUGAUGAUAGGCAAAUAGUUGAUUCUUGGGAACAUGUGAGCUCUGAUGUAGUUCAGACCCCAUUGGAGGUUUUCAAAUGCUUAGAGUCUGAGGGUUUUCCUAUCAAGUAUGCCCGUGUGCCUAUUACUGAUGGUAAAGCUCCCAAGAGAUCUGACUUUGACUCUUUGGCUAUUAAUGUUGCAUCAGCUUCCAAAGAUACUGCUUUUGUUUUUAACUGCCAGAUGGGUAUAGGAAGGACAACCACUGGCACUGUGAUUGCUUGCCUUCUAAAGCUUCGAAUUGAUUAUGGGAGACCCAUUAGAAUCCUGAUUGAUGAUGCAUCACAGGAGGAGGUGGAUGGUGGUACAUCAAGUGCUGAAGAAACUAGUGAUCAUGCUGCUGCUUUGGUCUCUGGUUCUACAAGAGGUAGAAAUCACAGAGAGCCAAGCCAUGCGUUUGGGAUAAAUGACAUUUUAUUGUUGUGGAAGAUAACAAGAUUAUUUGACAAUGGGGUGGAAUGCCGAGAGGCCUUGGAUGCCAUUAUUGAUAGAUGUUCAGCUCUCCAGAAUUUACGCCAAGCUGUCUUGCAAUAUAGAGAAGGCUUCAAUCAGCAACAUGUUGAGCCAAAGGAAAGGAGACUGGAACUGAGCCGAGCAGCAGAGUAUUUGGAGCGCUAUUUUCGCUUGAUUGCUUUUGCAGCAUACCUUGGAAGUGAAGCAUUUGAUGGGUUCUGUGGACAAGGCAAAUCCAAGAUAAGAUUCAAGAAUUGGUUGCAUCAGAGACCAGAGGUUCAAGGAAUGAAAUGGAUAAUAAGAUUAAGGCCUGGGCAAUUUUUUACUGUUCCUGAGGAUUUGAGAGCUCCGCAUGAAUCCCAACAUGGAGAUGCUGUAAUGGAGGCCAUUGCGAAUACUCGUAAUGGUUCAGUUCUGGGAAAAGGCUCUAUACUUAAGAUGUACUUUUUCCCUGGGCAGAAAACUUCCAGCACCAUUCAGAUUCAUGGUGCACCUCAUGUUUACAAGGUGGAUGGUUACCCUGUGUACAGCAUGGCGACCCCCACAAUUAAUGGUGCUAAAGCGAUGUUGGCAUACUUAGGUGCGAAGCCCAUUGAAGAAGGAGGUGCGGCCAGGAAAGUGGUUUUAACUGAUCUAAGAGAAGAAGCGGUUGUUUAUAUCAAUGACACUCCAUUUGUCCUUAGGGAACUAAAUCAACCUGUUGAUACACUCAAGCAUGUGGGGAUCACCGGCCCAUUGGUGGAACACUUGGAGGCACGAUUGAGAGAAGAUAUAAUAUGUGAAGUCAAACAAUCUGGUGGUCGAAUGCUUCUACACCGUGAGGAAUACAGCCCUGCAUCAAAUCAGGCCAUUGUCAUAGGAUACUGGGAGAAUGUGUUUGUAGAUGAUGUGAAGACACCUGCUGAAGUUUAUGCUGCUCUGAAGGAUGAAGGAUACAAUAUUGAAUAUAAGAGGAUACCGUUAACUAAAGAGAGAGAAGCAUUGGCUUCUGAUCUUGAUGCAAUACAAUAUCGUAAAGAUGACUCCGCAGGGCCUUAUCUUUUUGUGUCGCACACUGGAUUUGGAGGUGUUGCAUAUGCUAUGGCCAUUAUUUGUAUAAGACUUCAGGCAGAAGCAAAGUUGUCAUCAGAUAUACCUCAAUCAUCAAUUUUACCUUAUCGACAUUCUGAUGAAGCACACAAAAUCGGUGAUUACAGGGAUAUACUAAGCCUUACUAGAGUGCUUCUUUUUGGUCCAAAGAGUAAGGCAGACGUUGAUGUCAUCAUAGAAAGGUGUGCAGGUGCUGGCCAUUUGCGAGAUGAUAUCCUUUAUUAUAGUAAGGAACUCGAGAAGUUUCCAGAUGGCGACGAUGAGCAACGAGCAUGUCUUAUGGAUAUGGGCAUUAAGGCCCUAAGGUAGGAGAUACUUCUUCCUCAUCACAUUUAGAUCCUACCUUUACAGCACUUCCCCGGCGGAGAUGAAGUUCGCAUUGUGGAUGAAUGCAAGGCCUGAACUUGGUCAUCUCUGCAACAACAUUAGGAUAGAUAAAUGAUCUCAGGCGUUGAACAGCGUCUGUUAAAGCUUGCUUUUUAUCUUAUGUAAAGCUGGUAAACCCCCCCGCCCCCCAAAAAAAAAAAAAACAA